AUGAAAGCCUCCCAACUGUUCGCUCUCUUGGCCCCCACUCUCCUCGGAUUCGUCGCCCUCCACCCCGGCGUCUCGGCUGACAAGAUCCUGGUCGUCAUCGAGGAUGGCGUCGAGCGAUCGAACUAUCAGAUGCUCUGGUCUUCCUUGACCGCCCGGAACCAUCAGCUAUCGUUUCGUGCAGCCAAGGACGCAACGCCUGCCCUGGUCGAGUUCGGGGAGCCUGCAUUCGAUCACCUGGUUCUGUUUUCGCCCACCGCGAAAUCUUCCCCUGCCGACCUUUCGCCCCAAUCACUGGUGGGAUUCCUCGAAUAUGGAGGCAACAUUAUGCUAGCAGGAUCGACGAAAAUCUCGGAAUACUGGCGCGACUUUGGACGAGAGUUCGACGUAGACUUCGACAAUGCGGCGACCUCAGUGAUCGACAACUUCCAUCACCUUGCUCAAGACCCGCUGACAAUCUACACCACACUCGAGCUCAACCCUCUAGUCGAAGACCAAAUCGUCAUCCCUCCCUCAGUGAGAAGCACCAACCUGCCGGUCUUGUUCCGCGGAAUCGGCCAUGCGGUCGGCAAGAACCCCCUGCUCAUGAGCGCCUUGAGGGCCAGCCCUCUGGCUUACAGUGCUGAAGCUAAAAGUAAAGAGAGCGACCCCAACCCGUUUAUCAUCGGCGACGAAAUCGGCCUCAUCAGCGCCUUCCAAACCAAAAAACAAUCCAGGAUAGUCUUCGUCGGCAGUGUAGAUUUCUUCUCAGACGAAUUCAUCAACACCGAGCUCACGCUUCCUGACGGCAAAAAAACAUCGACGGGAAAUCGCAAGGUAAUCGACCAUCUCACAAAAUGGGUAUUCCAGGAAGCCGGGGUACUUCGGAUCGUAUCAGCGACCCAUUCGAAAGUGGGUGGAGAACAAGAGCCGCCUCGAUACCGGGUCAACGACGAAAUUGAGUACAGAGUGGAUGUGCAGAUGUUGCAGAACGGAAGAUGGGGUCCAUGUCCGUUGAAGGACCUCCAACUCGAGUUCACCAUGCUCGACCCCCAUCUGCGAGUGACUAUGACGCCGACCAAAUCAGCCAAAGGAACACAUACCACCUACUCGACUGUCUUUCGAGCCCCCGAUCGACACGGCGUGUUUACCUUCAAGCUCGAUUACCGUCGGAGAACUGGGUACACCCAUCUAGAGAAAGGCAUCCAAGUCUCCGUCACUCCCCUCGAUCACGACCAAUACGAACGAUUCAUCCUGGGCGCUUUCCCCUAUUACUCGGGUACACUUAGCGUCUUGGCUAGCUUCCUCCUAUUCUCUUUCGUCUGGCUCACUCACUUCCCUGGUACGACUGCUCAUAAAAAAACCAAAUGA